AUGGCCUCCAAUCUUUGGACGCUUUGCGGCUGGGCCUUUGGCACCUCGAUCCCCGCUGGGGUCGCGUUGCUGGGGGCCUGCGCCUCAGGGCAAGUGCUUUGGCUCUGGACCGGCCUCGGGGCGGUUCUCUUGGAUUGCAACUGCCUCGCUCUGAAAGGUUAUUUGCGUCACCCGCGGCCUCGGGAAGAUCCACCUUUCGUCCUUCCGUCGGAGGGGCCCUAUGGAAUGCCAUCGGAGCACACGGCUUUUGCCGGUUUUUUGGUCACCCAGCUGGCACUGCGGGCGAAAUUCGACGGCUGGCGGCCCUGCUCUCCGCUGCUUUCGCAGCUCUUUGCGUUUCUGCUGGGCAUUUGGGCGCUGGGCAUGGCGUUGGUUCGCUUCCACGUGGGCGCCCAUUCUGCAGUUCAGUUGGCUGCAGGCUACUUCUUUGGAGUAGGUUUUGGACUCUUGUGGCGACACCUGCAGCGCAGGCUCAACACCAGCCUUUGCUCUCUGCAGCAUAUGGCAGAUGUUGCUCUCCGCUGCGCGCACGUGCUGUAUGGCGAGGGGGAGGAGAGGCGGCGGUGA